GAGAUUGGGAGGUAUCUUGAGCUCUAAUCCAGCGACGGGAGAGCGAGGAGGAGGAGGAGGAGGAGGGGAGUGGCAGCUUGCUUAGAAACCACUUGAUCGCUGCCUCAGCUCACCACACACCACCAUAGCUUUCUCUCUCUCUCUAGCCGAGCUGAGCUGAGCUAGCUUGCAGUUCUUGGCAAGCUUCCCCAUAAAUACCCGACCACCAGGCAGCGGGAGAUCGAAGCUGGAAGCUGUAUCCAUCUUCGGCUGCUGAUCGAUCGACGGUUGGUCGGUCGGUCGUCAUCGUCGGCGGCGGCGGCGAGGGGUGGUAGGCUGGUAGCAAGCUACGUAGGUAGAGAGGAGGAAUGGGACGGCUGUCGAGCGGCGGCGGCGUGCAGGCCAAGCUCAGGAAGGGGCUGUGGUCUCCCGAGGAAGACGAGAAGCUGUACAAUCACAUCGUCCGACAUGGCGUCGGCUGCUGGAGCUCCGUCCCCAAGCUCGCAGGGUUGCAGCGGUGCGGCAAGAGCUGCCGGCUCCGGUGGAUCAACUACCUCCGGCCCGACCUGAAGCGCGGCAGCUUCUCGCAGCAGGAGGAGGACCUCAUCGUCGCGCUGCACGAGAUCCUCGGGAACAGGUGGUCGCAGAUCGCGUCGCACUUGCCGGGGAGGACGGACAACGAGAUCAAGAACUUCUGGAACAGCUGCCUCAAGAAGAAGCUCCGGCAGCGCGGCCUCGACCCGGCCACGCACAAGCCCCUCGCCGCAGCGGCGGCGGCGUCGUCCGGAGGAUCGGCGGACACCCAGUUGGCCGAUGAAGACCACAAGCCCCACGCCGACGGUCUCGCCGCGAAGCAGUCGGUGUUCGACCCCUUCCCGGUGACCGACUUCGGCGUCGGCUUCGACCUCGGCGCGGCGAACAUGGCGGCGGCGCUGUACGGGGGCCACUUCGACGGCAAGGACCCCGACGCCGCCGGGUUCGUCGCCGACUACAGCAGCGUGCUCGACGUGUCGGAGAAUCUCGGCUACGGCGCCGAGAGCUCCAGCAACAGCAGCAACUGGACCUGCGCCGAGGUGGGCAAUGUGCUCGACAGCGAGGUGAUGCACUGGGCCUCGGCCACCGGCGCCGCCGCCGCCACCACCGCCAAGGCAGAGCCCUUCGCCGACAUGGAGCAGCAGCACAGCGGCUAUGGCGGCGCCGGCGACGGGCAGGUGGAAGACGACGCCACGCUGGAGCACAAGUUCUCCCUGCCAUGCCAAGAGCAGAGCCUUGCUCACUUCGACUUCAACUUGGAAUACUUCUGAUUAAUUAAUUAAUUUUUACCUCCUUAAAAAUUACCCACUCCAGUAUAUUCUACACGUACAGGAUAAAAAAAAACCCAUUGGAAGAUUAAGAUUAGGAUUGUUAUAUUUUCACUACAUAUUAAUUUUCUCUAGCCCUUUACUCACACUAUUUUAUUUUUUUUCCUUUUUCAUAUGUAUACUAUUUCUUUCUCUCUUUUUUUGAGAAAAUGUAUACUGUUUCUGGUUGGUUAGAAUAAGAGACAGUACUAUACACACGAGAACAUUGUGCACUAUAAUAAUAAUAUUUUUUUGUAAAGAAUAAUUUCAAUUCCUCUCCUCUAUCAUACCUUGUGCUACUAAUUUUCUUCAGGUCACUAAAAGCAUAUGUACUUUUUUUGUUGAUUUUUCACCCUACCUCCUUGGUGAUGAACUAAUCAAUAAUUAUAUCAUCAACCUUAGCUCGCACAUGUUGCUGUCACGCUUUAGCCUUUUCCUUGAUUUGUGUUUCACGAAAGCGGAGAGACGAAGCUAACACACAC